CGGGGCCCUCGCUGAUUGGCCGCCGUCGGGAUGACGUAGCCCAAGAGGAAGAGACGGAGGCAAGAAGAGCGGAGUGGGCACGUCGGGUGGAGAGGCUGCUUGUUCCAGCUGCUCAUCUAGACCUUCAUCACCAUGGGAGAAAGAAAAGGAGUCAAUAAGUAUUAUCCACCUGAUUUUGAUCCUGCCAAGCAUGGCUCUCUUAAUAAGUACCGCAACAGCCACCCAUUGCGGGAAAGAGCACGCAAGCUCUCCCAAGGCAUCCUCAUCAUCAGGUUUGAGAUGCCUUAUAACAUCUGGUGUGAUGGCUGCCAGAACCACAUUGGCAUGGGUGUCCGUUACAACGCAGAGAAGAAGAAAGUUGGCAAUUAUUACACAACCCCCAUCUACAGGUUUCGUAUGAAGUGCCACCUUUGCCCCAACCACAUUGAGAUGCAGACAGACCCUGCCAGCUGUGACUAUGUCAUUGUCAGUGGUGCACGGCGCAAGGAAGAGCGUUGGGAUGGGGAAGCCAAUGAGCAGAUCCUGACUACAGCUCAUGAGGAGAAGCAGAAGUUGGAGACGGAUGCCAUGUAUCGGCUGGAACAUGGCUCAAAGGAUCAGAGCAAACUCCAGCGAGCCCUCCCCACCCUGCAGAACAUCCAGGAGGCCCAGAGUGCUUGGAAGGAUGACUUUGCCCUCAACAGCCUACUUCGCCGAAAAUUCAGGGAAGAGAAGAAGGUCAUACAAGAGGAGGAAAAGAAGGAUCUCGCCUUGCAGAAAAAAGCAAAUUUGUGCAUCCCUCUUGUACGGGAGUCUGAUGAAGAUCGGCAUCUGGCAGCGCUGCUCAAAUAUCAGAGCCUUGGCUCCUAUGAAGACAAACAGAAGCAAAAGCGAAAUGAGAUUGCUGACCGCCCAUGGUUCUCACCCAGCCAGCCUUCAAACACUAAAGCUAGUGACACUGUGAAAAGGCUGGCCUUCGCUGGAAAAUCAACAGCUAGCAAGUCACCAGUAGCUAUGAACCGCCUGGGUGUUGUGCGUCGAAAAUCAAGGGAGAAGGAACAGUCUGAGAUGGAGGAGGAGAACGAGUCUUCCGAUCUCACAGCCCAAGUUUGCAGGCAAGACCAGGACAGUCAUAUCCACGACGUGUCAUCCCUCGACUCAUCUGUGGGGCCUGAGGGGGGUUCCCAAAAAACUGAAGGAAACCCUACAUCCAAUGUGGCUGCCUCUUUAGUUGCAGAUUAUUCAGACUCUGCAUCUGAUCCCGAAGCUGAACUAUGAACAGAGAUUGGAGCAAACAAGGGACUGGACUAUACCAGUUCAAUGACUUCAAAGUGAGACAGUGUGUGUGUGUGUGGGAACGUAUCUAUGAG